AUGCCAGAUCACGACAUCACGUUAUCACCUGUCCAAACUAACGUUGGAAUCAAUGACUGCGAGAACGAGGAGUUCAUUCCAGGUACACUUAAUAUUUAUGCUGCUGAAGUUGAUCCUGAGUCUAAUAGCGCUAAAAACCAAUCAUCUAGAACUCCUACUGUCAAAACAAAAGGAAAGAUUAUUCUUUUCCCCCAACCAUCAAAUUCUUGCAAUGAUCCGUUGAAUUGGAGUUCACUCCGAAAAUUUAAAAAUUUUAUAAUCAUUAUCUUAAUCACCGGGUUUACUGCUGCAACUUCAAAUGACGCCGGUGCAGUACAAGAUCAAUUGAAUGAAAGAUAUGGUAUCUCAUACGAUGCAAUGAACAAUUCUGCUGGUGUUCUUUUCUUGGGUAUUGGCUUUGGAACUUUUUUCUUGACACCAUUGUCAUCGUUAUAUGGUAGAAAGAUUACUUAUUUCAUCUGUAUUUUCCUUGGUCUAAUUGGAUCAGUUUGGUUUGCAUUAGUUAGAAGCACAUCGUCAGCCAUUUGGUCUCAAUUGUUUGUUGGGAUAAGCGAGAGCUGUGCUGAAGCACAAGUGCAGUUAUCUUUAUCAGAAUUAUAUUUUGCCCAUAACCUAGGAAGUGUUUUAACGUACUAUAUUCUUGCCACAUCUAUUGGUACAUACCUUGGACCACUUUUAGCAUCCAUCAUCACAGAAAAUGUUGGAUUCAGAUGGGUUGGAUGGAUAGCAGUGUUCAUUAGUGCAGGUGUAUUGGUUGCCAUUGUACUUCUUUUGGAUGAAACUAUGUUUGAUAGAAACAAAUUUAUGAAACACAAUUUAAACGGUGUUUCUCCAAUUGGGUCUCCAAAUGUGUCGGCAAAGGAAAAAGUGGGUGAAAAACGAGCACCUUCUCCUGAUAUUGUUAUAAGCCAUGAACUUGACGACUCAGAAGCCGAUAGCACCUUUGAUGAAGGAAUAAAUGAUCCACCUAUUUCGUAUUGGAAAAGAACAGCCAUGAUCACCCUUGCUUCAAACUUAAAAGGUACAGGAUUGAAACAAUACUUUACCCGAUUGAGAUUAUUAUUAAAAGUGUUUCUCUACCCACCAGUGAUUUAUUCUGGUCUCUGUUGGGGUAUUCAAAAUGCAUUGUUGACAUUUUAUCUCACAGUUGAAGAUGAUCAAUAUUAUGAUCCUCCUUACAACUACGGUGAUAUUGCUGUUGGUAUUAUGAAUGUCCCGUGUUUGAUUGGUGCGGUUAUUGGGUGUUUCUUUGCUGGUACAUUAUCUGAUCAUUUUACUAUCUAUAUGGCCAAAAGAAACAACGGUAUCCAAGAAGCAGAAUACAGGUUGUGGUUCUUGUUUCCACCAGCGAUUAUUUCUCCUAUUGGCUUAAUAUUAUUUGCCGUUGGUACAGAUAAAGUAUGGAGUUGGGUUCCUACAUACAUUGGUCUUGCUUUCAUUGGAUUUGGAUUUGGAUGUUCUGGUGAUGUUUCCAUGUCUUACUUGAUGGAUGCAUAUCCUGAUUUAGUUAUAGAAAUGAUGACAGGUGUUGCAUUGAUUAACAAUAUUAUGGGAUGUAUUUUUACAUUUUGUUGUUCACCUUGGUUGGAUGCCCUUGGCAAUAUCAAAACAUUCAUUAUUCUAGCUGUUCUUGAAUUUGUAAUUAUGGCAUCAGCUGGAUUUUUCAUUAUAUACGGGAAAAGAAUUAGAAUAUGGACUAAAGAUUGGUACUUAGAAUUUUGUGAUGCUAGAGAUAGUAUAUAG